AUGGAAGCUAUCAGAAGAUUAUAUAAUUAUCUUACAGGCUUGUAUUGCACGGAACGAUUUCAGAACGAGUGCGUCUUCUGCGACCGUGCGAAUUUUGCCAACAUACUCUAUGAGGAUGACAAAAUAAUCGCGAUUGAUAGCUUACGGCCUGCGGGCCAAUAUCACUGGCUCAUAUUGCCCAAAGUACAUGCAGUCCGAGAUAUUGAGGGACUGAAUCGCCAGCAUAUCGGUCUUCUUCAAGCUAUGGACCGUGUGAAGAAGCAGCUGGUUAGGGAGAAAUGCCAAGGCAUCUCUCCCUCUGCCAUCAUGUCGGGAUACCAUCGGGGGCGACGACAGCUUCUAGGGAAUAUAUUCUGGCCGGAUAUUAUUUCUAUCCGCCAUCUUCAUCUUCAUGUUAUUGUCCGGCCGCACCUAGUUCCAUGGCUAUUCAAAUACCCGCCAUGGCUACCGUUGAUGUGGAAAUCGGACACUAGAGUAUUGAAAGAGACACAGCUACUCUUGAGUUCAACUGGAUGCAUAACGUAG